AUGAGUUCGUCCGAUUACGGAUUUGACGAUGAACUUGACUCAGCUGUUCUGAACGAACUGGACAUCAUCGAGGCCGCUCAUCGUCCUCCACUUCGAAACCCUCCUAAGCCACCCCCGCCUGCGCCCAAGGCACCUAAACCUCUGGACGAAGAGGAUUCGUUUUUCGAUCUUUCUCUUGAAAUCGAUGACACGGAGCUUCAGCGCUUAGACACCAAUCAUGCGCGGCCUCCUUCCUCCAAGAAUACUGUGCAACGAACCCUGUUCGGAGCUGUUGCUCAACCGACUGCAUCUUCUAGUAGGCAAAGUCCCUCUAAACGCUCCUCGCUCCAGCGGACAAAGUCGAGUCCCCGCAAACCUUUUGGCCAACAGGCGCCUCAGACGAGGCAUCAGGCUGGAAAAGCCAAAGACCGUCAAGGGCAAGGGAAGAAUGAUGGAGAUGAUGACGAGGAGAACGUCGAGUUUGAGCAGUUCCCUGCUCCAUUCGUGUCAGUUGGACAUUGCCUAUUUGACAACACCCUCGUUGCAUUACCCACCGGACUGGGAAAAACUUUUAUUGCAGGCGUCGUAAUGCUUAACGUCUAUCGCUGGUUUCCGAAGGGAAAGGUUGUGUUCGUUGCCCCAACAAAACCUCUCGUCGCGCAACAAAUCGACGCGUGCCACCGCACGUGUGGCAUUCCUGGUUUGGAGGAGAAGAAACGGAUAUUUUACAUGACACCACAGACUCUCAUCAAUGAUCUGACUACGGAAAACUGCGAUGCGCGGGAUAUCGUCCUUAUAGUCAUUGACGAGGCGCAUAAGGGAACAGGAGACUAUGCCUAUGCACAGGUCAUUCGUUUCUUAAUGGCCAAGAAUCCCUAUCAUCGCGUGCUGGCAUUAACGGCAACGCCCGGAAGUACACCUGAAGCUAUCCAGAGCAUCGUUGAUUCACUGCACAUUAGUCGCAUUGAAAUUCGUGAUGAAAGUAGUAUUGAUCUCCGCGAGUAUAUGCACAAGAAGGAAAUUAAACAGCACAUCAUCAAGAUGACCGACGAUGUUCUGAAAGCUCAGGAACUCCUGAAGGAAGUAAUGAUAACCAUCCUUAAACCACUCUCUAGCAAAGGAGUUAUAGAAGUGGUGGAUCCAGUAAAGAUGCACCCUUAUCGUGCGCAGGCUACCAUGCAACGCAUUGGGGCCCAACGGAACAGUCCCCAUAAAUGGGCAUUUUUCCUCGCUGUCCAAGCUCGGUGCAUUAGCGGCGUGCUAUGGGUUACCUGGUCAAUGGAAGCCAGCGUUGGCAUGUGUCACAACUGCCUGCUGGAAAUUUCUACUGAAAAGGAGGACGAUUCAGGGAAGAAAAAGGGUUCCACAACGAGUGGCUUGCGCAAGGACAAGAAUUUUAUGGCUCUUCUUAGUGAGCUCGAGGUGCAGAAAGUCCGUCCGGGCGGGUACGGCAUGCACCCGAAGAUGGAGACGCUAAAGAUGCUGCUGUUGCAGCACUUUGGGGCACGGAUGGGCGAGGGGGAGGAGACAAGAGCUAUGGUAUUUGUGACAUACCGGGAGUGUGUGGAUGAAAUCGUACAUAUCCUUAAUGAGGAGAGUCCCCUCCUGAAGGUGACGAGGUUUAUUGGGCAGGGCACGGAUAAACAAGGCCGCAAGGGGUUUGCGCAGAAGGAGCAGCUUGAGGUGAUCAAGAAGUUUAAAGCUGGUGAAUUCAACGUGCUUGUCUCUACUUCUAUUGGCGAAGAGGGUCUCGACAUCGGGGAAGUUGACAUGAUUGUAUGUUAUGACGCACAAAAGACGCCAAUUCGCAUGCUUCAACGCGUCGGACGCACGGGCCGUAAGCGGGAUGGCUAUGUCCACGUCCUGCUCUCCGAGAUCCGCGAGGAGUUAAAUUGGGACAAAGCAAAGGACACAUACGGCGAGUUGCAGAGAUGUAUCGUCCGCGGUGAUCAGCUUGAACUUUAUGGCGACAUCCCACGACUCCUCCCUGAGCAUGCGAAGCCCCAAGUACUCGAGAAGAGAAUGGAGAUCGAGGAGUACGUACGCCAAGAACGUGCUUCGCGAAAGAAGAGUGCAGUUGUCAACGACGAGAAUUCGUCUCCGAAGGGCAAGAAACGCAAGCGGAAUGAUGAUUUUGCUAGGAAUAUACCUCAAGGCGCAAGCACGGGCUUUGUCAGUGUCAAAGACCUGCUUAUCAAGGGCGCAGACACGAAGAACAGGAAGAGGGCAAAGACGAAAGGAUUUGAUCCCACAGCUGCAGAAGAUGACUCAACAGAUAUGGAAUUAGAGGCUAAUCUCAUGGAUAUGCGCCGUACUGCCUCGACGCCUGCUGGUGUCAGUACGCAGAAGGACAAGUUGCGCAAGGCACGUACGAUGGAUCCAUCCAAGAAACGACAGUCGGCAACGUCACGCAAGAAGGGGAAGGAGAAGGAAAAAGAACCAUUGAGCACCAGCCAAUUCUCGCGAAAAGGUGAUGACGACGACGAUGAUGUCGAAAUCGAGCAGGGCGUUUCACUAGCUGCUCGCGGGGCCAUCGCUCACCGUUCGAAUGGUUGCAUAAAACCACCUGCGGUCCAAAGUCUUUCCUGUCGUCCUACCGAAGACGAUGCGCUACUUUUAAGCUCCUCAGAGGCGGAGAAUCCUUCAGCGCCAAGCAUGUUAUCUUCGUCGUCGCUGAUUUGCGAUGCGGAUGACGUGAUAGAGAUAUCAUCCUCCCCGCCGCCACCCCAAACUAACCCUGAUCAAGCCGCAGAAUCUUCAUCAAUGUCGUGUGGUCCCAGAAACUCUCCGACCGAUAAGUGCCACAAACGGAAUGGAAGGAGUCGAGAACGAUCCCCAGAUCGCUCGCCAUCACUGCUCUCAUCUUCAGACGGGGGUGACGGCGUUAUGGACGAAGGGGUCUCCUCGCCUGGGGCACAUCUAAUGCCACCACCUUCUCUACCAUGCCGAGGUAUCAUUCAGUCACCCGCACACUCUUCUGAUCACGACAUUCCCGAUGCCUCAUUCGCUGUGCGACCCGCUGGGCGUUUUUUCAAGCCGCGUACAGCAGCCGCAGAGCUUAACUCACCGGCAUUGGACAUGCCACCUCUUUCCCAACGGCGUUUGAAACGAAAGGAUACAGAUUCCGCCCCUAAGCGUAGCAAGCAAAAGCCGUUUGUAUCUAUGCGACAUAAUCCGUGGCUGGAUGGAGAAGCGGCCCACUCUGGUGACGAAGCAAGUGAGGGAUCGUCGCACUCUGAAGAUGAUGUUGAAAGUGAUUCCGAUCGCCAAUUCAUCAAGGACAUCGCAAACACUCAGGUCUCUCCUUCUUACGAUCAGUCACUUGCUUAUCGCCGGGGUUUGCUCACACAAGCCCCGUUUGGAGGUCCCGUUUUUGCCACCAGACCGGUGAGGAGGGAACUAUAUGGCCGGGGUGAGAGCGCAAAACGCCGCGCUGGUGUGUCAAGUUCUCCCGUACGUGAGGACGAUUUGCCAGACGAGUAUGCCAUCGGCAGCUUUGUCAUAGAUGAUGAUGAGGACAUCAUCUGA